CACUGGAUUAGCAGGAUCGUCCAGUUUCAAAUUAAUCGGUUGGCAAUAGAAACAUAACCCAUUUUUGUUAACGGUUUUGCGCCAGUUGGCUUAAAUUUAUCCUCAUGUUUAACCGACAGGACUGCRAGGAAAGUCACCUUUAUUUUAACGUUUGUGUGUGUUUUUUAAAGCAGUGAGAGAAAUACUUUCGCCAUUUAAUUGUGCCGGCUAUUAACAACACAYCUAGGAUCAAAAUAGAAGACGAUUAGAGAAGGUUGGAUCCAUUUAGUCAGUUUGAAUUUUGGAAGCGCCCGAGAGGCCGGAUUUAGCUAAACCUGAAGCAGGCCACACAGUUCAGUCUAAACAACCGGUAUGUCUUCAACUUCCGUGCAAGUCGCUGUUAAAGUCCGUCCAUUGGUGCGACAUGAAAUUGAAAAGGGAUGCAAAGAAAUCGUCGACACCAUAUCGAUAAAUGAGCAGAUCGUAAUAAAGAAUUGCGAAAAGUCGUUUACUUUUAACUAUGUUCUGGGGGCUGAAUCCCCAGAGGAAGAGCUCUAUAAUAGAUGUGUGGCUCCCUUAAUGAAGAACAUCUAUCAGGGUUUCAAUGUAACAAUUUUUGCGUAUGGGCAAACUGGCUCUGGAAAAACUUACUCAAUGGGCACAGCCUAUACUGGCAGCGGCACUAUGGGUGUUAUUCCCAGAGCAGUGCGGGAUCUCUUCCAACAUGUUCGUGACAAUUUUAGCACCGAUUUUACCAUCACGGUGUCAUUCAUUGAGCUCUAUCGCGAAAUGCUCUAUGACUUGCUGGCCAAUAAGCCGCGAGAUCAAUGCACCCUGGAAAUUAGGGAAGAUAUCGCCAAGGGAAUUCAUAUUCCCAAUGCGACCGAAGUGCUGGUGCAUUCAGUUGAAGAUGUACUAAGUAUAUUGGCCAAAGGCUCUUUAGGACGAGCCACUGCCUCCACCAAUAUGAACGAGCAGAGCUCCAGAAGCCACUCAAUUUUCACCAUAAGCAUAGACAUGGCUAAUAAGAGCGACGCGUAUUUAAGCAAAUCUUCCAAAUUGCACCUAGUAGAUCUGGCAGGUUCAGAGAGAUCGAAAAAGACUGGGGCCGAAGGCAAAACGUUUAAAGAAGGAGUGGACAUUAACAAAGGCCUGUUUGUACUGGGCAACGUGAUAAGCGCCCUUGGAGACGAGAAAACUCAGAACGGAUACAUACCCUACAGGGAUAGUAAUCUAACAAGGCUUCUUAAAGAUUCUUUGGGCGGCAACAGUGUCACGUUGAUGAUCGCAUGUAUUAGCCCAGCGGAUUACAAUCUGGAAGAAACGAUAUCAACCCUGAGAUAUGCGGACAGAGCCCGCAAAAUCAAGAACAAACCGACCGUUAAUCAAGACCCCAAAACGGCGGAAAUCAACGAGCUGAAAAGGCAGCUGAAGUUACUACAAUUGCAGAUGGCUGGACAAGGUGAUAUAAUUAUGUCUUCAUCGGACAUCGACAGACUACGGGCUGAAAACUGUUCGCUUCAGUUAAAAAUCAAGGAGUUGCGGGAUCAAUUGACGAUUGUUUUGGUCGACAAAACUGGCUUGCAUGAAAAACUACUGAUACUGCAAAAUGCAAAUGAAGUGCUCAACAAUAAGCUUAUCGAGAUCAAGGAAAAUUACAAUGAAACGCUUGGGCAGAUCAGCUCAGGCGUGGAAACCCAGGACUUUGAAUCGGUGAAGGAAAACCUAAAAAAACUGCAGCAUAUUCAAGGCCAAUUUGAGAUGAUUGAAAAUGAUCAAAAGAAGACUGAAGGAGAAAUACGCACGCACGAAGAAACAUUCACUAUUCUUGUCCACACUGCUCGAACAUCCGCAGAAAGUGUACCAAAAGAAAUUCGAGAAAAGCAGGAUGUACAUACCGAUAGACAGCUGGCUCUGCAUUCGGAAUUGCAAGAAGUCUCCAGUCAAUUGGCCCUGAAGGAACAACUAGCUAAACAAUUGGCCAUAAACAGCAACUACAUAAUUGAUCGUCAAGUUAUUAAGGAAACGGAGAAAAAGAUCGACACACUAGAAAAAGAAAAGAAUGAAUUACUGCAACAGCUGCGCGAUAUUAAAGUUCAGGAAAUAUCGAAUAAAAUUGCAGAACAGCGCAGAAAACGGGUCCAGGAGCUAGAAGAACAGCUUAAGGGUUUGAAGAAGAAAAAUCUGGAGCAGUCAAAGAUGCUGCAAAUUAAGGAGCGUAAUGACAUCAAAUUGAAGCAGCUGAACAAUGACAUUGUGAACAUGAAGACGGCAAAAGUAAAGCUAUUAAAGCAGAUGCGGCUGGAGAACGAUCGCUUUAGAACUUGGAAGCAGACCGCGGAACGCGAACUGGCUCGAGUUAAGCAGCAGGACUGGAAAAAACAAACUCAAAUCAGUAAAAUGAAAGUUGCGCAUGAAAGGCAGCAGAACUUUCUCAAACGCAAAUUCGAAGAAGCUGCCGCUUUGAAUAAGAGACUUCAAAACACGCUAAUGAAGCGGAAGGAGGCCCAAAGCACUAAAUUUAACGGAAAAGUUGAGAAAAUUACUUCAUGGUUAAAAGAAGAAAUGGAAAUGUUUGUCAACUUAGCUGAAGCUGAAGUUACUUUAGCCGGAUUGCUGGAAGAUCGGGCCACAUUACAAGAACAACUCGAUGAACUGAGGAAUAGUUCUGAGCCUAAUAAUGCCGCACUCAAAAGCAUUGAAGAGGACUUAGAGCUUCGCUCGUUUCAGAUCCAGGAUUUGCAACAACAACUGCUCAAUGCAGAUGAAGGUAAUUUAGCAGUUAUCUGUAGAAACCACAUUCGACAGCUGGCCGUAAUUUCAGAAAAAAAAUGGAAAACCAGAUUCGAGGCUCUCCAAACCAUGGUGGAAGCCAGACACGCAUUGCGUUCGCUUUUCGAUCAAGCGGCAGAAUACAACCGGAAAGAGGUUGAGGCCAAACGGGAACUGUCGGAACUCGCAUAUUCCUAUAAAGAAUUACGUGAAAAAUUUGAACUUACUGAACGCGAGUACCGACGAAUGGAGGAAAGGCAUGCAGUAGAAAUAGCCAACUUAGAAAAGGCCCAUCACGAGAACAUGGGAACUGUGCUAAAGAUGGGCGUCCCAAGUGAAUCUGAAAAUCUCGACUCAGAGCUAGCCACCAGGUGCAAACUCCUCAGCCAGCAAGUGGAGGGUCAGGAUCGUAUCAUUGCAGAACUAACCGCCAAAAAUGAUCAACUCCAACAGAGCAUCAAAGAAAUUCAGGAGACAGCAAACAGUUCCAAGGUCAAAACACAAAAGAAAAGCGAUAACGCUUCUGAAGGCGAGUCCAAACGAAUAAAUUCGCUUAGGGCUGCACGAGCAGAUUUUACUUUGGACGAUUCACUGGACUUACCGCCAGACGACACCGAAAAGGAUCCUGAUUGGCGAAAAACCCCACUAGCGAAGAGAAUAAUUGCGAUGACCAAGCAACGAAACAAAGGAAAACAAUCUUUUCUAACGGCUUCAGAUGAAACACGAGUGACGGGAGCAAUAAAGAGAUCGUUAGAAGGAGGUUGUACAUGUAAAUCGUGCAACACAAAAAAAUGUAAAUGCAAGAAACUAGGCGCAAGCUGCAGUAUCGACUGCAAAUGUUCAGAGUCUGUCUGCCAAAACCGCAACAAAUCGAACGGCUCACAAUCGUUGGACGGGAAUAGCGAGUCGUCUGAAUCCACUGUUUCAGAAUGUGACGAAAGAAAAAAACCACGAAUAGUCAGAUAUUUAUUUAACCAUCUUGAUGACUGACUGAACUGACAAAAAACUGACCAAGAAUUGCGGAGAACUUGAAGUUGCUGUGGAUGUUAUUAAUUAUUGUCAUUAUUUAUGAGCUCUACAUACGUUCCUGUUUAGGGAAAGCAAACAUUUAUUAACGGUGACUAAAAUUUUUCAUUCUACACAACAUUACUUGCCUAAAGCAUGUUAUGUACUAAUGUAAGUUUUUGAAUGGUAUACAGCUCAAAAACAUGCGAAAUAUCAAUCCAUCUGUUAUUAUCUGUUUAAAAAAUACAUGUUGUCGUAACUA